GGUGAAGUGACAGCCAUGGCUCUGGGCUUCAUGUCUGGAGUGGAGGAGUUGCUGGCAUCAAGCUGCAAGGUUGUGUGGAGCUUGGCAGAGCAGACCCUCAGAAGGUGGUCCUCUCAGGGGAUCAUGCCAGCCCGCUGCUUCCUACAGACAUGGUGGCAGCUCGGGGAGUUCUAUCAGAUGACAGAGGGCCGGCUGUGUCAGGUGCACCUCCUGGACGACAGGAAGCUGGACCUAAUGGUCCAGCCGAAGCUCUUGUCCCGGGAUCUGUUAGACUUGGUGUCCUCACACUUUAACCUGAAGGAGAAGGAGUAUUUUGGAAUAUCCUUCAUUGAUGACACCGGUCAGAGUAAAUGGCUCCAGCUGGAUCGCAGGGUCCUGGAUCAUGACUUCACUAAAAAGACUGGUCCACUGGAGCUCAAGUUCCUGGUCAGGUUUUAUAUUGAGAAGAUAACAUUUUUGAAAGAGAAUACAACAGUGGAGCUGUUUUUCCUAAAUGCCAAAUCGUCAGUCUUCAAUGAGAUCAUCGAAGUUGAGAGUGAAAAUGUUUUCAAAUUAGCUGCAUAUGCUUUGCAGGAGGCCAAAGGAGACUACACAAGUGUUGAAAGCUCCAGGUCGGACCUGAACAAGCUCCCGGUUUUACCCACUAGAGUCCUGAGGGAGCACCCCUCCCUGGUAUACUGUGAAGACCGAGUGAUCGAGCACUAUGAGAACCUGAAGGGCCUCAGCAGAGGGCAAGCAAUUGUGCGGUAUUUGGCCUUAGUGGAGUCCCUCCCUACAUAUGGAGUUCAUUAUUAUCCAGUAAAGGACAAGCAGGGCCUGCCGUGGUGGCUGGGAGUCAGCUAUAAAGGCAUUGGACAGUACGAUUUACGGGACAAGUUGAAACCUCGGAAGUUGUUUCAGUGGAAGCAGCUGGAGAAUUUGUAUUUCCGUGAGAAGAAAUUUGCUGUAGAGGUGAACGACCCUGACAGAAGGAUAGUUUCCAGGCGUACUUUCGGGCAGACUGGAUUGGUCAUUCACACGUGGUAUGCCAGCCACUCUCUGAUUAAGACCAUCUGGGUGAUGGCCAUCAGUCAGCAUCAGUUCUAUUUGGACAGGAAGCAGAGCAAAUCCAAAGUUACCACGGCCAGAAGUUUGGGUGACAUCGCCAUGGACCUGACGGAGAUUGGAGCGCCCAGGAUCAGUAAGCUGUCCAGCAUGGAGAGUAAAGACCAGCUCAUCAUGGCCAGCAACAGAUCCCUCAUCUCAGCAGGGUCAGGAGACUCUGAUGUGAGCGAGGAGUUAAAGAAGGAGAAGAUUGCUGACCUAAAGAAUAAAGAGAAGGACUUGCAGGACUCUCUGACUCAGAAACUAGAGGAGCUCAAGAAGAUCUGCCUGCGAGAAGCUGACCUGACAGGCAGGCUGCCUAAAGAGUACCCUCUGGACUCGGGUGAAAAGCCCCCCGCGGUGCGUCGGCGCAUGGGGACAGCCUUCAAACUGGACGACCUCUUCCCCUAUGAUGCGGAUCCCCAUCUCAGAAACCUGGAGAGCAAGUUUGCCCUGCAGCAGAAGAUCGUGGAAGCGGCCAAGAAACUAGCCAACGAGGCUGAGCUCUGUAAGACGGUGAAGAAGAAGAGGAGGAGGAACUGCCUGGACGCCAUGAGGAAGCUGCAGGAGAUUGAGGAGGAGAUCAACAAAUACAGGAUCAAGACGGGCAAAAAGCCCACCCAGAGAGCAUCAAUAAUCAUAGCAGAUGAUGUGAACCUUGCAGAACUCAGCUCACUGUCCGACAGUCUUACUCUGGACGAUGACGAGGAUCUGGGAGGCCAAAGGCAACAGUCCCAUUCUGUGCAGUACUCUCCCCGGCCCCACCACUCAGAAACCCUGAGCCUCCACUGCCAGUCUGACCGACUGGCCUCAGCCCACGAGCAGUCCCAGGACCUCAGCCCCAACAACAGAUUAAAUUAUGGCAAAGUCCAGGAACCUUUCAACUACAAUCACCAAGAUGCCUUAUCGAGCCACAAGCCUGCCUCUGCACACAGCAUGCCUCCCACCCCCCUCCUCACCCGUAAUGCCUACAGCAGCAUCCAGUUCAGGUCAGAUGACGACCCCCAGCAUUUCCGCCAGCGGAGUGGCAGUCUGGAGUCCCAGUCUCAAGAGACCACACCCCCGGCGUUCGUCCCGUUCCGCCGCAGCAACAGCACAGAGGUCCUGGACGAUGGCUCAUCCUACACCAGCCAAUCCAGCGCGGAGUAUACAGUGCCUGGGAACCAUACCCACCGCCCCAGGGACCGCUGGCGUGGCAGGAAGGGCAACAUCUACGCCAACACGGGCAGCAUGCCCAACUUGGCACAGGCUGAUGCCUGCUACAACACAUACCAGCCCCCCCGGGCACCACGACCCACCACUACGGCCUACUAUGUGACGGGCUACCCCAGCUACACAGAGCCAGAGCCCUACUCUAAUGGAGUCUACAUGUACAACAACGAGUUAGAGGGUCACUACAACGUUAACCCUUCAUACCACGCUGCGCCGGCCAACCACGGACAUGAUGUGUACAGCAGUCGCUAUGGUGACGACGAGAUGGACAGUAUGGCUCAGAACCCCUACGCCACCCUGAGGCCGCCCAGGAACCGUCAAGCUCUGCCCAGGACGGAACAUUUGACCAAGAACAUCCAGAAGGCGCUGGUGGCAGAGCACCUGAAAGGCUGGUACCAGCGCAAUGCAAGCCACAAGCAACCACAGACUUACGACUACAACCAGAGGGGUUCCCAGCAGAGCCUGGGUUACCAGACCAUGCCAGCUCCCCACAGCAGGAACACAUCCUACUCCUCAGUCUCGUCACAGCAGUCCUCCACAGCAGGAGGCUGGCGCGGUCACCUAGGAGGGGGUAUGUCAGAGUUCCACAUGCCCCUACCGGUGCAGCAGCCUUACCCCUCCUACGGCACCGCUCACUACAGAUGUCCCACAGCAGGGUAUGGGUGGAGGAGCUGUGAUAGACUGGUGCCGGGGCCAGCAGUGGCUACAGGGUCAUUAGAGAGGUUUGAUUCUGGUGCCUGUCAUGGUACUGAGUUCUGACCACCGAAAUUAAACACCCACGCAAAAGAAAGGGUGAGAGAAGAAACAAACUACCGCCACAGAUUAUAUGGUGUUGGUGGUGACUCAUUUUGUGCGUGGCAUUAAAAAAACAACAACACAAGACUGCUUUGGUUGUCCUAGUACUCUUUACUCUAUGGUGGUGUACACUGGUGGUGGUGGGGCUGGUGGGGCAGCAGCUUUGGAAGUGGUGGUAUCUGUGGAAGAAGGCAAGUGACCCUGCAUUUUGAAUAUUUGAAUGCUGCGUGUGUUUGAUGCUUGUUGUUCAUCUGUCCAUCUGCUUUGUUUUAAGGUGUGUGAAUAGUUUCAUCCUGGUGGAACACACUAACUAACACCUGCCAUUUUGAAACUGGGAUAUAACUCUCUUAAAGGUGGAGUGUUCCAUUUAAUUUCUCCAGUGCUGUGUUCCAAUGAAGUAACAACCCAGGGUUAAAUUACUCAAAUAACUUUUCACCAGUGGAGAUGUCUCUUUUCUUGGAUUGUAUUAUCAGUUUUUUGUUGCUAGCCUAACCUGUAUACAUCCUGUAUGUGUUGCAGACCCAAUGUAGAUGUGAACCAAACAGAAACCUACAUCAACAGCCAAACCAACUGCAGCUUGGAUCCAGAUGACCAGAGACUUUACUGGCAUGAGGGCUCCUCCAAACCUGGAACUAUAGUGUAGCAGUCAGGGCCAUCAACUCUCUCAACUUCCACUUUGUGACACUAACAUGUGCCUUGGACUGCACUUACCUGUUUUUCUGGAUGGAAAUAGGAUCCAAAGAAUCAAAUAUCAACCACUGUGGAAUUCCCACAGGAGUGGACCUUAAGUCUAAGUACAGCUGAUUUCAGUCUCAUACACGGAAUUGCCAAACAAAGUAGGUCCAGCUGCGUACGCUCUCUGAAAGCAAAAUUACAACACGGUCACCUGAUCUGAAUGUUCUGGUUUGCUAGAGGGGUGUGUUUGUCUGUGCACUGAGUUGCACUUGGUGCUGUGGCUGGUUGGGUUAGCCUGAGAGGCUGGCAUGAGGAUGGAGGAUAAUGAACAUGACUUGUCCUGCAAGAUCGAUAAUUGGGCCAGCUUUAUGCUCACCAUUACAAUGACAGAUCUCUCCAAUAUUGACACUUUUAAAUGUUGAAAUGAAGGAUUGAAAUUGGAUUUUGAGUGUGAAGAUGACUAGCAAUGGCGCCCUGCUGAAACGUUCUCCAGUCACUACUGAUUUCCAGAGCCCAUUCUAUGAUAGUGUUUGUAGAUACUGUACAGCACUUUGUGCUAUUCUUAGGUUGUCAGUCUUUUUGCACCAGCCAUUUAACACAGUAUUUGGACCUCUCUCUUGUUCUCAGUAAUUUGAUCAUCUUUACUGCCAAAUGCUUCUAACCAUUAAAGUCUAGACUCAACCAUGUCAGCUUUUAUACUUUCAAAGACCAUGUUAACACUAUCAAUGCCGGUUAUGUAAUGUGUCCACUCUAUUACAUGGCUUAAUUUUAUUGCUCAGUGCAGUGAGACAAAAUGUCAGUUUUAAAUGCUCAUUGCAUCCCAUGCUGGAAUCCAUGGACUGGUGCUUUCGAUUCCUCUCAAUAAGGAAUUUGUAUGUACAUGUUGAUAAUGUAAAUACAUUGUACAGAACUGUUUUUGGAGCAUUUUUUAUAUAUUUUAAGAAGCAUGUUAUGAAUAGUAAACCAUCACAUUUGUCAAGCUGGUUCUUAGUCGUUUGUAUAAUUUGAAAUGCGUUUGAAUUAAAACAAAUAUUUUGA